UCACCUCAUUUCUUCACCCAACUCAAUCAAAACUGACCAAAAAACCUGAAGAAAAUCUCCAUCUUUAACCUUUUCAAGAAUGAGUGGAGCAGCAGGGAAAGCCUGGAUUGUGGCAGCUGCAUCAAUUGGAGCAGUGGAGGCAUUGAAAGACCAAGGAAUAUGUAGAUGGAAUCAUACUAUAAGAUCGCUGCAUCAACAUGCCAAGAACAAUGUCAGAUCUUUUACUCAGGCCAACAUGAUUUCUUCUCCUCAUCCUUCUUCAGCAGCUGUUUCAAAUAUGUUGAGGGAGGAAAAGAGAAGGAAAGUUGAGGAGAAAAUGAGGAAAGUCAUGGAUUUGAACUGUUGGGGUCCUAAUUCUGUUAGAUUUUAAUCUUAUGAUUAAUAGAAAUUUUUUGUAGCGAAAAAAAGGAUAAUCUGAAUUGAUGUAAAUGAAACCUUUUGAAUUUUUUUUUUUUCAUAUUUGGUUUCAAAGAUUGGGCUCUAUGUGUUUGAUUGGGGAUCAAUUGAUGAAAUAUGGAAUUUUCAAUCCAAAUUUGGAUUGUAAACAUUUCUUUUUUCUGAUUUUUCUAACCAUUGGUUGGAUUUUUUAUAAACAAAUUGAGAGCAACUCUCUUAUUCCAAAACUCAAUUCCAAUGUCUCUACUGCUACUUUUUUUUUCUAAGAUGCAGCUUGAUUUUAUUAAAAUUGUAUGAUUGUUAACAAAUUCAAGGUUUCUAAAAUGUUAAUUUAUAUAGCUCAUGAGGAUAUAUAAAUGGAUAGUUAGGACAGAGGAACAGACAAUAUCAUCACAUUAUUAGAUAAAUUCAACGUAAAAUGAAAUUUAAUUAACUGAGAUUUAAAUUUAAAAUUUCAAGAUUUGUUUUUUUUAUAGAAGUUUAGAUGAUGCGAGACUAUCCCAAUAUUUUAAGGUGAGGAUCUAUUGCAAGCCUUACCAAUGAUUUACAUUACAUUUAAUCAUCUAUCAAGAAAGACUACUAAAGAC